GAAAUUUAAAACUCUUUGUGAAGUUCGUCACUAAAGUCUUGGGAUGGAGUUUUUGCAAGAAACCCGAGUUGUUGCUUAUUUCUUCGCUUUCGCUGCACCUUUCCUGCAUACGGUGCAGUGCCCCUCGCCUGUUUCGUCCAAAAAGUAUGAGUUGUGCCGGGUCGUGGAGUCUACACUUGCUGCUAUUGGAGUGUACCCCGUGCGGUCAGUGCUCGAGUGCAUCACCUUAUGUGCAACUCAGGGAUCCUGUCGGUCAGUCACCAUCUGUGAACACGACCUUACGAAGACAUGUUCUUUGUUGCCUACUUCACUGCCCUGCCCGUCCAUGCCUUCUGGAGACACUUGUUUCCUUGCGCAGGUGUAUGACGUAUGUCAGAACGGGGGCAUCUUUAACACCACGACUGUCAGGUGCGACUGUUCGUUAGGAUGGCAAGGAGACCAUUGCCAGACACCGACAGCAACAUCAACAAACACCGUUCACCAGCUCUACAACUAUGUCGACCUCAACAACCACUCCAACAUCCACGAUAUCUACCACUGCGGCAUAUGGAUCAACAGCUUCUAAUUCUCCUUACGG